GUUUUUUUGUUUGUUAACUUAAUUUUUUGUCUUUUGACAGUAAAAGAAGAGUUACUGGGAGCAUGAGCAAUCAAGACCUUGAGAAUGCUGACAGGAUCAGCGAGUUGCCUGAGGCUUUGAUCCUGCUGAUAUUGUGUCUACUUCCUAUGAAAGUUGCCAUCGCCACAAGUCUCUUGUCUAAGCAAUGGAGAUAUCUUUGGAAGUUGAUGCCUAAACUCAAGUUUGACUAUUUGGAUCACAAACGUCAACUCGGGACGUUUUCAAGUAAUGUUUGCUCGACUUUGGUUUCACACAUGUCUCCGGUCCUACAGAGUUUGUAUCUCAUUGUUCAUCAAGAAAGAUGUAAUGCAAAGGAUAUUGGAAUCUUGCUUGGAAUUGCACUGGGUCUCCAUGUGCACGAGCUGGUUCUCGAAGUUCGAUCUAGGGAAGUGUACAAAUUUCCUAGAAGCUUGUUUAUAGUUAAUACACUACGGACCUUGAAACUAAGGUAUAAUGUUCAUAUGGAUGUCCCUUCACUGGUUCGUUUCAAAUCCCUUAGAAAUCUGCACCUUCACUAUGUAGAAUACAGGGACCAUAAUUCAGUUAUUAACCUUUUUGGUGGCUGUCCUAAUCUCAAAACCUUGACGGUGCAUAGAUAUUCACAUAGCAGUGUGAAGACAUUCACUAUAUCAGUGCCAUCUUUAGAGAGGCUAUCAAUUUAUAAUAGCAAUGGUGGACAAGUAGAUUGGGGCUAUGCGAUAAAUGCUCCUUCAUUGAAGCUCCUAAAGAUUAAAGGAAUUUGUGGUCUUGGGUUUUGUCUAAUCGAGAAUGUUAUGGAGCUGGUGGAGGCAAGUAUCAUUGAUGUCUCUAGUAUAUCCAACGAGAACCUUCUAGGGUCUCUAACUUCAGUAAAACGUCUUUCACUGAGAAUAUCUCCCUUGAAGGUUACGUUUCCUACCGGUAGCAUCUUCGAUCAGCUGGUGUACUUGGAGCUACAUGCAUAUAAAGAAGCAUGGUGGAAUCUACUUACCCUUAUGCUUGAUAGGUCUCCUAAAUUGAAAACCCUCAAGCUCAUCAACAAAUGGCAUUGUGAAAAAGAAUAUGUGGGUCGUGGGGAAUGGAAACAGCCAGAGAAUGUUCCUAAAUGUUUUUGGUUUCUUCUUGAGACAUUCAUAUGGAAAGGCUACAAAUGGCAACGAGAAGAUGAGAAACAAGUGGCAAAUACGUUCUAAAGAACGCAAUUAAUUUGAAGAGAGCAAUUAUCUCCUCAAAACGUAUCAAGCCUAAAGAGAGAGUAGAGGUGGUCAAGGAUUUGAAAAGUGUGG